AUCAUCAGUGCCCUGCAUUCCCUGUUACAAAGCUURAUGGURUUGCGGCUGUCCUUCUGCACAGACAUGGAAAUCCCACACUUUUUCUGUGAAUUGAAUCAGGUGGUCCACCGUGCCUGCUCUGACACCUUUCUUAAUGACAUGGUGAUAUAUUUUGCAGCUGUGCUUCUGGCUAUUGGCCCCCUCACUGGCAUCCUGUACUCCUACUCCAAGAUUGUGUCCUCCAUCCAUGCAAUUUCCUCAGCUCAGGGCAAGUACAAAGCCUUCUCCACCUGUGCAUCUCACCUGUCUGUGGUCUCCUUGUUUUAUUGCACCUGCAUUGGUGUAUACCUCAGUUCUGCUGUGACCCAAAACUCACGCCCAACUGCAACAGCCUCUGUGAUGUACAUGGUGGUCACCCCCAUGCUGAACCCCUUCAUCUACAGUCUGAGGAACAAGGACAUCAAGAGGGCUCUGAAAUCACUCUUAGGGAGGGAGACUGUAAAAGUGCCAAUUGUACUGAGUCUGAAGAAGUGCCCAUGA